UCCGCAGCCUGAGGUGACCACGCCGCCCGCCCGGCCCCUUCCCAUCCCCGCGCCCCCGGGCCGCUUCCCACGGCCUCCCUCCCCUCCCCCAUCGCGUCGCAGGCUCCUUCCUCUUCUCCCUGUUCGCCCCUUUCCUUUUAUCUCGCUUCACCUCCCUCUUCUCCCUAGCCUUGGAGGAGUCCACAUCCUCUCUUCACCCGCAGCACCCCUCCCUCCCAUCCUCUAGCUCCUCCCGCGGUGCUCGCCUCCCUCCGACCCUGCUCUCCCCUCCUGGGCCCCGCGCAAAGCCCCCUCUGUUCCAGCUCCCGGGCCUCGGCUGCCUCCCCGCCCUCCCAUCCCUUCCUCUUCCCAGGGCCUGGAGCGCUCCCUUACAUUCCUGAGAUGCCCUUCCUCGGGGCUGUCCCCCUUUGCCUCCCCAGCAUCCCAUUUCUAGGCCUUUUUCAAGACCCUUCCAGAGCGGCCCCUUUCCAGCUCCCUUUCUCGUUUCCAUUUCCAACUUUGCCUCUUUUGCCUCUUUGUUCACUUUGCUUCCAAGCUCCCCUCCCUCUUUCCCUUCGUCUUACCCUGCUUUGAUCUACGCAGCCCCAAACUCAAGCUCCCCGCUUUCAGGUGGUGCGAGGUUGUUUGGGGGUGCGGAAGGGCCUGCCAGUCCAUUUUUCGAGGGGGGCCCAUUGCUCUGCAUCCUGUCCGUCAGUCCCUUUUACAGUAAGAGGGCUCCUCAUCCGUUCCUUUUUGUCCCCGUGGUUUCCUCUGUCUUGCCAUCCCUUCUGUCUUCUCCCUCCAAUACUGCUUUCCCCACCCAAGGACCCUCAGACCCGUGAACCCCCCUUCUGCAAUGAGUUCCCUUUCUGUUCGGGGAUGCUGAACUUCGCCCGCGUUUUUCUUCGCGAGCCUUUUGGUACGUGGCGUGGCGCGACAGAGUCAGCACCCUUGGCGAGAUAGGAGGGGAGCUCCCGAGCCUCUUUCCUGGCAGAGUUUUUGCUGAACGUAAUCUCUUAGCCCCGCGGCGGCGGCGGCCCGGUUGCUGCUGCUACUGCUGCUGCGCUGCCUGCUUGCCGCGAGCUGGGUUGGGGUUACUGUAGUUCAAACGCAUCUGAGAUCAGCAGGCGUUGUGGGAGGAGGUGCGGGGAGAGAGGAAGGGGCCUGUGCAGUGAGCAGGCAUCAAAGAUUAAUGGAUGGCCUUGCGUCGCAGUCUGCAGUAAACAGGAAACUAGUCUGAAAGGGAAGGAGAGGACUGUGUGUCUUUUUAUUUUUUAAAAUACGGAGUGUGCAGUUUUACUGAAUCUUGAAUCAUGCCCAAAAGAAUGAGCUGUCGGUGCUGCAGUCGUGACCCAGGCUGAGCGGCCGAUGGCAGAGGUAGCAGUUUUAUUUCCUCUCUCUGUUCCUUAAGUUGAAAGAUGGCCUUUGUAUUCAGAGUAGACUCCCUGUCUUUGCGGUUUGGGAGAUGAUGAGAAACCACAGAAUUGCUAGUAGUUUAUGUGGAGAUCAGGUACAUACAAAGUUAGCUAGCAACGAGUGGGAGUGGGGAGGACCAGCUAUAUUUAAAACAUGUGCCAUUGCUUAUGUAAGAAAUGCGUUCUCUUUCCUGGUAUCUCAGUUCUGGGCUUUUACUUAGAAUUUUAGGCUCUAGCUUUGUGCUCUUAACAUUUUCAGUGAGGCCUACCAUCCUAACCGAUGGACAGCCCGAAAAUUUACUUUUCUUAAGAUCAGUUUCAGUUGAUGGUAGAAUUUUUUUUUUUAACUGGUUGGGAGAAAGAAAGGAGAUAAUGGUGAGUGAUGAUUUUUGUUUUUCUUUUUUAGGGAGAAGGUGUAGAAGUAUUGUACUGAAUAGUUUUAAGUUGGGUCACGUGUCAUUCUUGUUUUUUCUUUGUCUUUUUUAAAAAAAGUUUAGGAGGUGUAUUUUUGAAGAACUCAAAUAAGAGAAAUAAAAAAUCACAUUUUUCAUUUCUCUUAUUUGACAUAGUUCUUCAGAGAUUAGCUGUGACUUUAAAAACCUACAUUUUUCUUAUUCAGGACGAUUUGUUUGGUUUCUUCAUAUUCAAAACUAAAAUCCCAUAUUUUCAGGAAAGUGUAGAAUGAAGCCCCCUGUGUUUUCUAACUCACAAAUUUGAAUGGUAAACGGUACAGCAUUAUACUUCUACAAGACAUUACUGUUUUCAUAAUUACGGAUUGCUGCUUCUAAGCCUGAGAAAGUCAUUUAAUGAACUCAUUGAGGUCUCCUUUUUGGUUAGCAUUUGUUGCACCUCUCUUGUGGUUUUUGGAAAGAAAUGCUUUUUUUUUUUUUUUUUGGUUUGUUUUUAGCUGUUUUACUGUGUAAAACAUCUUUGAGUCACAUUUAGUUUAUGUUACCUGCAGACACAUCAUGUUGGAUAUUUCUUUCCCAGUUCUUUUCAAAGUUCAAGGAGGACAUUUUAAAAUCUUGCAUGGAAGAUAACACAGUACAGGAAGUUUAUGUAUUUGGCUUUGGGUGUGUUAAACCUUUCGGUUUUUUCUGCUUUCAGCUCUCCUGCUUAUUUUCUAGGAUUAUUUGGUAUUAUUUUGUUUUCAAGAGAAUAUUGAGCUCCCCUGUACUUUAGGAUAUGCUGAUUAGCCCUGUUUGACAAUAAAUCUGAAACAGGAUAAAUUAGGCAACAUUAUAAAGGUAUUCUCUAGAUCAGGAGAGAAGGCUCCAUUUUCGUGUUUGUAUGAUAUAGUGAUUUGGCAGGUGUGAGUAAUUGCAAGUACUUGCAAAGAAGAUGAAUAUUUUAAAGUUUUGUUCUGAUGUUGGUUUAGUGUGUGGUGCUAAAGUGUAGUGUAAAGUACCUAUUUGUAUUGAUAACUAUCAUGUGCUCUUUUACUUUAGAAGGGUUCAAAGUGAUAAGGUUUUGAAAUUUUUUUCUCUUUGAUUUUCCAUGUAUUAAAUUUGUUUCGUCAGUGCCUUUAUACAUGACCAGCUUGCCACUGACUUGCUAAAAUAACAUUCACGUAUAGAAAUAAAUGCAACAUUUAGUUUCGUUUAUUUGGGCAUAUUUAAUUCUAUCCAAAGUCCUUGUUAAAAACAUUUCAGUCUCGAGUUGACUAUGUAGUAGAGGGGGAUCUUGGAUAUUGUUUUUUAUUGACAGCUUUCGGGACCCGGCAUUUUCUCUUUAUAGAAAUAGAAAUAUGUCCUGUUUUCUGUUUCUUAUUAUAUUUGUUAGGCAGGAGUGGUGGGUGGAAAUAAAGAGGGAACAUGUACCAUUCUGCUAAUGGACUUUUGUAAUAGAGAUGAUCCUCUGUACGGGUUAGGGAGUUUUUCUUCCCUAGCAGAUCUUGAUUUCUAAAGCAGGAUUAGUUAUUUGUUUAGUUUAAAUUUUCUUCUUUACCCGUUUAGGAGCCACAAUAAAUGGUGAAAAUGGGCACAUUUUAAAAUAGCAAAGCAUUGAAAAAAGAGAAAGGUUCCAAAUCAAAUGAAAUAAAUAUGGGCUACAAGUGUUAAAUCAGUAAUAGCUCCUCCCUCUCUUGUUACUUAUAAAAACAGAGUAAUGAUUUAUAUUGGAUUCCAGAAUAUAGAAAAAUAGUUACUUUUCGAUGGCAGUAUAAAGACUGUCAGUAAUACUGUCAUCUCAGUACGUGGUGAUUUUCAAAUAUGGUGGCUGGUGGUUUGUAAGAAAAUCUAUUCAAUAUUACUUUGAAAUAAAUUCCCAAGAGGGUAUUGGGUUAUCAGUUUGCUCACCAAAGUAAGUCUUUCCACUGUAAUUCCUGAAGUUAUCUAGAUGGCUUAUACACAUUAAAAUGCAUUAAACUCUUUACCAACAAUUUCUGUGAAUGUUUUGGUGUAUUUUUUCCUGGGAUUAGAAAAAAAUAAUAAUAUCAUGGGCUUUGAGAAAUUUAGAUUCCUCAGUGGUUGGUUUGCAAUAAAUAUUAAAGGUUAGAGAUUUUAUUUUUCAGUGCAUUUUUCCUUCUUAGGACAUGAUAUUUAGUUCUGAUUUUUCACAAUAAUAUUUUUUCUUAUGUAGGAAAAUUAUGAAAAUGAUCUUGUUCAUGUGAAAUAAUCAGAAUUGCAUUACUUAUCUAUAAAAAUGUUAAAUCUCUGUUAUUGGCAGGCUAUAUAUAUAAAACAUUUGGGUUAUGGGAAUGGUUGAUAUAUGAUUAUUGAAAAGCUUUUAUUGAUAGUGUGCCAAGUUGGGUUGCCUUUAGCUUUUUGACUAUCUGAACUAGGAAGCUAUGAAAAUUGGAGGGUAAGAUGGAAAUACUGACAAAUAUUUAACCAUAGCAUAGCAAUCUGUCACUAUAAUUUUCUGCAGAAAUAAAUGUUUUCGUUUGUCCUGUAAUGUCUGAAAUUACUGCUUAAGCUGGAAAUGUGUUUAGCUUUCUCAGCAAAAUUCUUAAAAGGAUAUUGUCAGAGCCAACAAUCCAGAAUUAUCUUUACUCUUUAAAUUGUUCUUUACCCACUUUUGUUUGCCUUUUUUUUUUUUUUUUUUUUGAGACGGAGUCUAGCUCAGUUGCCUAGGCUGGAGUGCAGUAUUGUGAUCUCUGCUCACUGCAACCUCUGCAUCCCAGGUUCAAGCAAUUCUUCUGCCCCAGCCUCCCGAGUAGCUGGGACUACAGGUCUUCUCCAAGAAAAAAAAAAAGAAAAAAAAAAACCAACAUGGCUGCAAAGGAGAAACUGGAGGCAGUGUUAAAUGUGGCCCUGAGGGUGCCAAGCAUCAUGCUGUUGGAUGUCCUGUACAGAUGGGAUGUCAGCUCCUUUUUCCAGCAGAUCCAAAGAAGUAGCCUUAGUAAUAACCCUCUUUUCCAGUAUAAGUAUUUGGCUCUUAAUAUGCAUUAUGUAGGUUAUAUCUUAAGUGUGGUGCUGCUAACAUUGCCCAGGCAGCACCUGGUUCAGCUUUAUCUAUAUUUUUUGACUGCUCUGCUCCUCUAUGCUGGACAUCAAAUUUCCAGGGACUAUGUUCGGAGUGAACUGGAGUUUGCCUAUGAGGGACCAAUGUAUUUAGAACCUCUCUCUAUGAAUCGGUUUACCACAGCCUUAAUAGGUCAGUUGGUGGUGUGUACUUUAUGCUCCUGUGUCAUGAAAACAAAGCAGAUUUGGCUGUUUUCAGCUCACAUGCUUCCUCUGCUAGCACGACUCUGCCUUGUUCCUUUGGAGACAAUUGUUAUCAUCAAUAAAUUUGCUAUGAUUUUUACUGGAUUGGAAGUUCUCUAUUUUCUUGGGUCUAAUCUUUUGGUACCUUAUAACCUUGCUAAAUCUGCAUACAGAGAAUUGGUUCAGGUAGUGGAGGUAUAUGGCCUUCUCGCCUUGGGAAUGUCCCUGUGGAAUCAACUGGUAGUCCCUGUUCUUUUCAUGGUUUUCUGGCUCGUCUUAUUUGCUCUUCAGAUUUACUCCUAUUUCAGUACUCGAGAUCAGCCUGCAUCACGUGAGAGGCUUCUUUUCCUUUUUCUGACAAGUAUUGCGGAAUGCUGCAGCACUCCUUACUCUCUUUUGGGUUUGGUCUUCACGGUUUCUUUUGUUGCCUUGGGUGUUCUCACACUCUGCAAGUUUUACUUGCAGGGUUAUCGAGCUUUCAUGAAUGAUCCUGCCAUGAAUCGGGGCAUGACAGAAGGAGUAACGCUGUUAAUCCUGGCAGUGCAGACUGGGCUGAUAGAACUGCAGGUUGUUCAUCGGGCAUUCUUGCUCAGUAUUAUCCUUUUCAUUGUCGUAGCUUCUAUCCUACAGUCUAUGUUAGAAAUUGCAGAUCCUAUUGUUUUGGCACUGGGAGCAUCUAGAGACAAGAGCUUGUGGAAACACUUCCGUGCUGUAAGCCUUUGUUUAUUUUUAUUGGUAUUCCCUGCUUAUAUGGCUUAUAUGAUUUGCCAGUUUUUCCACAUGGAUUUUUGGCUUCUUAUCAUUAUUUCCAGCAGCAUUCUUACCUCUCUUCAGGUUCUGGGAACACUUUUUAUUUAUGUCUUAUUUAUGGUUGAGGAAUUCAGAAAAGAGCCAGUGGAAAACAUGGAUGAUGUCAUCUACUAUGUGAAUGGCACUUACCGCCUGCUGGAGUUUCUUGUGGCCCUCUGUGUGGUGGCCUAUGGCGUCUCAGAGACCAUCUUUGGAGAAUGGACAGUGAUGGGCUCAAUGAUCAUCUUCAUUCAUUCCUACUAUAACGUGUGGCUUCGGGCCCAGCUGGGGUGGAAGAGCUUUCUUCUCCGCAGGGAUGCUGUGAAUAAGAUUAAAUCGUUACCCAUUGCUACGAAAGAGCAGCUUGAGAAACACAAUGAUAUUUGUGCCAUCUGUUAUCAGGACAUGAAAUCUGCUGUGAUCACGCCUUGCAGUCAUUUUUUCCAUGCAGGCUGUCUUAAGAAAUGGCUGUAUGUCCAGGAGACCUGCCCUCUGUGCCACUGCCAUCUGAAAAACUCCUCCCAGCUUCCAGGAUUAGGAACUGAGCCAGUUCUACAGCCUCAUGCUGGCGCUGAGCAAAACGUCAUGUUUCAGGAAGGUACUGAACCCCCAGGCCGGGAGCAUACUCCAGGGACCAGGAUACAGGAAGGUUCCAGGGACAAUAAUGAGUACAUUGCCAGACGACCAGAUAACCAGGAAGGGGCUUUUGACCCCAAAGAAUAUCCUCACAGUGCGAAAGAUGAAGCACAUCCUGUUGAAUCAGCCUAGAGGAGAAGCAGCAGGAAUGAUGCUUUGAUACUCUGGAGGAGAAGUUAACUCAAGAUGGAAUUCAUGUUCUGAUUUGAGGAAUGAAAAUGAGAUGAUCAGGCAGGAAACUGACAUUCCAAGGAUCUAAUCCAGGAAGUACUCUCAGUGGGGACCACCUGCUUUCAUCCCCUGACAUUGUGGGAGAAAUUUUGCAAUGUAUGCUAAUCAAAAUGUAUUUAUAUGUUCUAUGCUGAUGUUUUAUAGAGGUUUGUGAAGAAAAUUCAACCUCAGCAACUUCAGAAACUGCCCCUGAUAUGUGUGAGAGAGAAAUAAAAUCAGAUUUUGAGUGUUGAAGGGACUGAGGAGGUGAGGAUAAAGAGCAUGAGAACAGCAUGGAAAGAAGGAGGCAGAAGUGGCACUGAACUUUCACUCUCCAUGGGACAGAUCAAUCUCAUUAUCAAGUCUGAACAGCAACCAGCCCUCUCCUCCACCCCGUUUCUCCUCAGUUAAUUGGAGCUCAGUCAGGUGAUUAUUGAGUCUUGUACAGCACUGAAAUGAAAUCAAAGAUGAAGAAGCAUCGAUUGUAUUCAAAGAUUGAAGCACGCUCAUACUUUAUAUGUGCUUUAGGGAAGGGGUGGGUGGGCACUUGGGCCUUGCGGGUGCAUUCAUGUAAUCUGAGACUCUUGAACUUUAUGACGGAGUCUUCAAUAUUUUGAUGUAUAUGAAACUUUUGUUAAAUAUGUUGUAUACUUCGCUGGCUGUGUGAAGUAAACUAAAACUCUGAUGAACACUUUGGAGUCUGCUUUAGUGAAGGAGACCAAAGUGGGAAGGGCUUUAGGGCACUGAUAGAGGCCCUGGGUGUACUUUUCAAUCCUGUGUAAAGUUUAAUUCUUGCAACUGAAUCAAAACAGUGUUAAAUUAUGGCAAUAUUUGCACUUUGGGAAUGAGUACAUAACUGUAUGAUCACACUCUGCAAAUGCCACUUUUAAAGCUGUUAAUAGACUUUGCACCUUUUCUUUGACAAGGAUGUGUCAUAUUUAAAUUUUUACAUUCAUCAUGGCUACAGGUAGAACUGGGGAGGGGGGAAUGUAAUUUUUUAUGGGAAUUUUGAUAUGAAAAGAAACUAGUCAUUUAUUUAUACAAUAGGCUUGGCUCAAAAAGUGUUUUUCAGACCUCGGUAUUCCUAAUGUGGGAUGUGACUUUAUUUUAUUUUUAGUAGCAAAUUUGGAUGUAGACUGACAGACAUAGCUGAAUGUCUUAAUAAAUUUAAAUUUGAAGAUAA